GGAAAUGUCAAUUUGACGUAAAUUGUAAAACAUCCUGUGGUUUUGUUGGAACGUUAAUUACGCCUGUAAAUUCAAAAAUAUGCUCUUCCUGGUGUUUGUGUAAUCUGCAAGAGUGAAGACCCGCACCUCCGAUGACAUCGCUCCUGGAAAACGCAAAGGUUUCGCGAUUAUCAACAAUUUAUUUACACGUCAUUUAAAGAUGGUCCCUUCUGAACAUAUGAAGGGUCUAUAAUACUACAACUACGUUCCUAACAAUGAGCACUAACUCCAAAACAAAAGAGAUGUUUAUAUUGAGGGCUCUUGAGAAAAUCCUUAAUGACAGGGAUAUCAAACGUUCCAACCACUCAUCCCUGAGGAAAGCCUGUGAGACUGCAUUAGAUGAACUAAAGAAGGAAUUGAACGAAGGGCAGAAUGAGGAGAAGAUAUCAGAUGCACUCCCUGCACCAAAAAGUGGGGAUGCUAAUGUCCUCACAACUGAAAAAUAUUUCCUGCCCUUUGAGUUAGCCUGUCAGAGCAGAUCCACAAGAAUUGUAGUCACAGCAUUGGAUUGCCUGCAAAAGCUGAUAGCAUAUGGCCAUUUGACUGCAAAUGUCCCAGAUUCUACAACCCCAGGAAAACUGUUGAUUGAUAGAAUAGUUGAAACAAUCUGUGCAUGUUUCUCUGGUCCACAAACAGACGAGGGUAUUCAGUUGCAAAUCAUCAAAGCCUUACUGACAGUUGUCACUAGUCAACAUGUGGAAGUGCAUGAGGGAACUGUGCUUUUGGCGGUACGCACGUGCUACAACAUAUUCCUGGCCAGUAAAAACCUGAUAAACCAAACAACAGCGAGGGCGACCUUGACUCAAAUGCUUAACGUAAUAUUUAUGAGAAUGGAAAAUCAAGUUAUCGAAGCCGAAGUGCAGAUGGAAAAUCGCCUCAACAAGUCGUUGAAUGAGAGCGCCAAGUUUGAGGAAGUCGUCGAGGAAAUGAGCAACGUCGAAUUGGCCAAAGAGAUAGUAGAUGAGGUUGUGAAAAAUGCUAUUGCAUUUGUGGAAGGCGAAAAGAAUGGUGCAGUUGAAUCAGCUGAGAGUGUUACCUGUUCUGUUCAAAGGAUACCAUCUCAAGAGAGCGUUGAUACACACAGUGAAAGUGAUACAGCCAUGACCGCCAAAUUUGGACACAUUCUUCAGAAGGACGCCUUCCUUGUGUUUCGCGCUCUUUGUAAACUAUCCAUGAAGCCUUUACCGGAAGGCACACCGGAUCCCAAAUCGCAUGAACUCCGUUCGAAAAUACUAUCCCUCCAUCUGCUGCUGUCCAUUCUGCAGAACGCGGGUCCAGUCUUUCGGUCCAACGAGAUGUUCAUCACCGCAAUAAAACAGUACUUAUGCGUGGCUUUGUCCAAGAACGGUGUCAGUUCCAUCCCGGAAGUCUUUGAGCUGUCGUUGGCCAUCUUCUUGGCUUUACUGUCAAAUUUCAAGAUGCAUUUGAAGAUGCAGGUUGAGGUAUUCUUCAAGGAAAUAUUUUUAAACAUCUUGGAGACGUCGAGUUCAUCGUUCGAACACAAAUGGAUGGUGAUACAAGCACUGACGAGGAUAUGCGGAGACGCCCAAAGCAUUGUAGAUAUCUACGUGAAUUACGAUUGCGAUUUAUCCGCUGCGAACCUUUUCGAACGGUUGGUCAAUGAUCUGUCGAAGAUUGCCCAAGGAAGACACGCGCUGGAAUUGGGCGCUUCUCCGAAUCAAGAAAAGUCCAUGAGAAUUAGAGGCUUGGAAUGUUUGGUUUCGAUUUUGAAAUGCAUGGUAGAAUGGAGCAAAGACUUAUAUGUAAAUCCUAAUUUACAGUCCACAGUUGGUGAGCAAUUGGCGCCAAAAGAAAAUGAUACCACUUCACUGAAAUCGCACGGUGGUUCAACCAGCAGUUUGCAUUCCAGCGGGGGAUCCAGCUCAGGUAACAAAGAAGUGCUGGAUUCUCCGGAACAGUUGGAGGUUUUGAAGCAUCAGAAGGAGGUUUGGGAAACUGGUAUUGAUCUGUUCAACAGGAAACCGAGAAAGGGCGUUUCGUUUCUGCAGGAACAGACUUUGCUUGGUACAGCGCACGUGGAAAUUGCAAAGUGGUUGCAGUCCGAGGAUCGCUUGGAUAAAACUUUUAUUGGAGACUUCUUGGGAGAGAAUGACGAUUUAUGCAAGGAAGUGAUGUACGCUUACGUUGACUUGAUGAAUUUUGCUAAUAUGGAUAUCGUGGCAGCUCUGCGGCACUUCUUGGACGGCUUCCGGUUACCUGGGGAGGCCCAAAAAAUUGACAGGUUGAUGGAGAAGUUUGCUAGCAGAUAUUGCGAAUGCAAUCCGAACAACGGCCUAUUUGCAAGUGCGGAUGUGGCGUACGUUCUAGGUUUUUCAAUCAUAAUGUUGACCACCGACUUGCAUUCGCCGCAGGUCAAGAACAAAAUGACCAAGGAGCAGUACAUUAAGUUGAACCGCGGUAAUACCGAUAGCAAAGAUGUGCCGGAGGAGUAUUUGUCGCAGAUUUACGAUGAAAUCGCUGGACACGAAAUCAAAAUGAAGAAUACCGUGAAUAAGCCUGGCAAGCAGCAGAUAAACAGCGAGAAGAGAAGAAAAGUGUUGUUCAAUAUGGAGAUGGAGAUGAUUUCGUCAGCAGCAAAGAAUCUGAUGGAAUCAGUGUCGCACGUGGAGUCACCAUUUACCACAGCCAAACAUUUGGAGCACGUACGGCCCAUGUUCAAAAUGGCAUGGACUCCGUUCUUGGCCGCCUUCAGCGUGGGGUUGCAGGACUGCGACGAUCCUGAAGUGGCGUCGCUCUGCUUGGAUGGUAUACGUUGUGCCAUAAGGAUAGCGUGCAUAUUCCACAUGUCUUUGGAACGAGAUGCUUACGUACAAGCACUUGCUAGAUUUACUUUGCUCACUGCAAACUCACCCAUCAUGGAUAUGAAAGCGAAGAAUAUCGAUACAAUCAAAACACUGAUUAUGGUCGCGCACACGGAUGGAAAUUACCUUGGAACCAGUUGGUUGGACAUCCUGAAGUGUAUUUCUCAAUUGGAAUUGGCUCAAUUAAUCGGAACCGGAGUGAGACCGAUAUUCCUCUCAGGUUCCGGCCAUAAACCGCCUGAUGCUAGUUCCAAAGAGCACAUUGGUCAAACUAGUUCGCAGAGCGUUGUCGUUGCCGUCGACAGAAUAUUCACUGGGUCCACGAGAUUGGACGGUGAAGCAAUCGUGGAUUUCGUGAAGGCGUUAUGUCAGGUUUCGCUGGAUGAGUUAGCGUACAACGGUCAUCCUAGAAUGUUCUCUCUGCAAAAACUAGUGGAGAUCUCCUAUUACAACAUGGGAAGGAUCCGUUUGCAGUGGUCCAAAAUUUGGCAGGUCCUCGGCGAGCACUUCAACACGGUGGGGUGUAAUUCCAACGAGGAAAUAUCGUUUUUCGCCGUGGACAGCCUCAGGCAGCUGUCCAUGAAAUUCAUAGAGAAGGGUGAAUUCGCAAACUUCAAUUUCCAGAAGGAUUUCCUGCGACCCUUCGAGCAUAUCAUGAAGAAGAAUGUAUCCCCUACCAUACGGGAUAUGGUUGUGAGAUGUAUCGCCCAGAUGGUUAACUCCCAGGCGAACAACAUCAGAUCUGGAUGGAAGAACAUCUUUUCCGUAUUCCAUUUGGCGGCAGGCGAUCAAGAGGAGGCCAUCGUCGAGUUAGCAUUCCAAACGACAGGAAAGAUAAUAACGGAAUUGUACGAUAAGCAGUUCCACGCAAUGAUCGAUUCAUUCCAAGACGCUGUGAAAUGCCUCUCCGAGUUUGCAUGCAACGCGAGAUUUCCAGAUACAAGCAUGGAGGCUAUCCGACUCGUGAGGACUUGCGCUUUAAGUGUAUACGCUUCUCCUCAUCUCUUCGCUGAACAUGCCGGAAUGGAGAACGAUAUAGCUGUUGCUGAAGACGACAGGGUUUGGGUCCGAGGAUGGUUCCCACUUCUGUUCUCUUUAUCCUGCGUUGUUAACAGAUGCAAAUUGGACGUGAGAACGCGCGCUUUAACAGUAUUAUUCGAGAUCGUGAAGACGUACGGCGAUACCUUCUCUCCGCAUUGGUGGAAGGACUUGUUCAAGGUCCUGUUCCGCAUAUUCGAUAACAUGAAAUUACCCGAGCAGCACACAGAGAAAGCAGAAUGGAUGACUACAACAUGCAAUCACGCACUUUACGCUAUUGUCGAUGUCUUCACGCAAUAUUUCGAUAUGCUGGGACCGUUGCUGCUGGAGGAAUUGUACUCGCAGCUGCAUUGGUGCGUUCAACAGGAAAAUGAGCAGUUGGCUCGAUCAGGAACAAACUGCUUGGAAAAUCUGGUCAACUCGAAUGGGCAAAAGUUCACUGAGAACACCUGGGAUAAGACCUGCCAAUGCAUCCUGGACAUCUUCAACUCCACCGUUCCAAGUGCUUUACUCACUUGGAAACCGGACUCUAUCCAGACGACAGCUAUAAUCGAGCAGAACGGUGAGAUCGGCUCCAGAGGAAUACUGAAAAGGACGAAUCUGCACGAUUCUCGAGGCGGCGAAAGCAACUUCUUCAACGGACUCAUAAUCAAAAGCGCAGUCCAAUUGGAACUGAUUCAAACCAUUGACAACAUCGUAUUUUAUCCGGCCACCUCGCGUAAAGAAGACGCAGAAACUCUGGCUUUGGCUGCUGCAGACAUGGCUGGUAGCGGAAAUCUCACCGAGUGCCAAAGAGAAGAGCAGGGAAUGUACAGGGUUCUCAAUUCCCCGCACCUAAUACAACUCACUGAAUGUCUGCUACAAUCACAUAGAUUUGCAAAGCAAUUCAACAUGGACCAUGAGCAGAGAAACAUCUUAUGGAAAGGCGGUUACAAAGGAUCGGUGAAACCGAAUCUUUUGAAGCAGGAGACUCAAAGUUUAGCUUGUUUGCUGCGAAUCCUUUUUAAGAUGUACUGCGAUGAGAGCCGUCGAGAUCAUUGGUCUGUGAUCCAGGUGCGAUUGAUAUCCGUUUGCCAGGAAGCUUUGGAGUACUUCUUGAAGCUACAGAGUGAGGCGCAUCGCGAAACUUGGACUUCGCUGCUCCUUUUGGUCCUGACGAGGCUUCUGAAGAUGCCAGACGAUAGAGUAAAUAUCCAAUUUCUAUCUCAAACAAUGAAAU